UCUUGGUCUACUAAGUACUUAGAAGGAAGACCAUCGAGAUCGAGAGCAAAGGUUUUCGUCGUUCAAGAUUUCCAAUGGAUGCUUCGACGUACUACAAAACGUAAGAUAGAACUAUAACUAUUUGCACAUACUUCUCACCUAAUCCUUCUAAAAAGAAGCUAGAGUUUUCUCGCGACAUUCAUUUAAGACUUGUGAGCUGCCACAACAGAAAGGAAAGCACCACGAGCCUGCAACCAAGUUUCGGACUUCGAGAUGUCGAUGGCAAACAUGAAGACUAUAUUGCUGGGCACGGCCGCCCUUGCCCAGGUUGUGUCUGCGGACUCAGGGCCAGGAGUGCUGCACAUCACAACGAUGAAGAUGUUUGAGGAGAAAGUCUCAACGUCUGGGAGAGGAUCUUUUGUGAAAUUCUUUGCGCCAUGGUGUGGUCAUUGCAAAGCCCUUCGUCCGGCAUGGGACGCGCUGGCGCAAGAGUUUGAGGCCUACCCAAAUGUGCAGGUCGCCGAUGUUGACUGCACCAGCAGCCAACCUGUCUGUGACAAGUUCAGCGUGACGGGCUAUCCAACCAUCAAAUAUUUCAAUAAGGAAACCGGCGAGCAGGGCGCGGACUACCAACAAGGUAUUGUCUAUGAAAUUCUUGUUAUUCGAUGGCUGAGUCCGACAAGAGGAUGGUCUUCAGCUUUUCAAUGACAACUCAAUGUGAUUGUAUGUUGAAUCAUGAAAUGUAUGUGUAGGGUGGAGGAGGUUACUCUAGUACACGAGGAACAGCAUCAGCAUCAAGCCAUCAUGUGAAGAAACAAAACACUAAUAAAGGAAGAAGCGCCACAAAAAGUUCACCCGAGUACAUAAAGCAGGAAAAUGAAAGUAUAAAAUACAACCAGAACCACUGUUACAAUCAGGUCGCGACUUGAAAACAUUGAAAAAGUUCGUCGAAAACACACUUAUGGUGAAGUGUUCGCCAACAGACAAAUCGCGCUGCACGGUAAAGGAGACCGCGUUCCUGACGAAGUUCGAAGGCAAGAGCGAUGCAGAGAAGGAGAAGGAGUACUAUUGCUUAUGAGCCUUUCUGUCGUGACACGAUAAAUUGCUAUUUUACUUUCGUAUGCUUUCCCUGACCUCUGAUGUGAGGUGCUCAGUGGCUGUUCCCUGACCUCUCCUACCCCUUUGGGUACUCUCCUUUCUUCCAUCCUGUAAACCACUUGUCGGCUGUACUCUCUAUACUUCUCCUCCUUCCUUUCCUCUUCUUCCUUGUCGUCAAGCUGAAACUACUAUUAGCUUCAUCAUAUAAAAGUAGCUCUUCUUCUUUUCGCUCCUUUUCCAAGACAACACUUAGGAACAGCUGAGAGCUGAAAGCUUCACAACAUCCCCAACAAGAUCGCUAAAUCAAUGCCUUACAACACUCUUUGGCUUUACAGUUACUUUCGUAUGUUUUUGUACCGUUGGAGCACUUGAAAGCAAAUGUGCGACGCCUUGCGAGAACGACAACAAUCCAUCGUGAUCGUCAUGGGCUUACUAGCAGGAUGAGAACUACCUCACCAUCUUUCCACACAGGUUUGCCCGCUUAGAAAAGCUUCUCGCGGGUUCUAUGGCCAAGGACAAACGAGUCUGGGUUGUCGCUCGUCGUGAUAUGCUGGCGCAGAUGCUGAAGAAGACGGACAAAGAAGAUGCGUCAGAGGAUGAUCUGGAUGAGGACAGCGACUUGUAGAUCGGUGCCAAUUAUGGAGCGGGCCGUGGCUGUGGCAGAAUACGGCCAACGAGAUGAAACGAUCUUUUGGUCCUUUCACGAGGAGCAGUAUAUUUUUCUUCUUGAUUCAACUUUUUAUUCAGACGCGAAGCGUAGUAAUCUCUUUUCCAACUCCAAGAACUCUUUGACUGUGUAUUUCUUUCUGGAGCAAGUUCUUUCAUUACAACGGGGGCACUUCCUGCUUAAAAGUAGUGACGCAGUGCAUAAGCCUAGCUUUGACGGUCAUGGUCAAAUGUUUUGAGAUCGUGCAGAUGAGCACACACUUCUACGGUGGUUACGAAUGGCUUUAUCAGAUGGAGCACGCACAUGCCAUGAACACACACAUCACGCAUCAACGGCAAGAUGACACAGCGAUCCACCCUCAUACCCUCUUUUUAUUUCUGCUAGCAGGCAUGGACAUCAUGCAACAACUCUUGUAUAUCGUACUAUGGAUGAGGAUGCCGAUGCCAACUAAAAAGCUGAGGAGACUGAAUUUUUUUGACACCAAGAUACACG